CUGGGUAACCGAGGCCGGAGAGCCGCCCUCUGCGGCUCGGUGGUGCGGCGGCGGUGGCUGGCGGCGCGAGGCGAGGCUAGGAGGCGGCAGCCCGGGCCCCACCCGAGGGGGAAGGUGCAGGUUUCGGGGUGUGCGUGAGAGCAGGGGGGAUAGUAAGGUGUCACGAUGGAUCUUGUACUGAAUAUUGCAGAUUAUUAUUUUUUCACACCAUAUGUAUAUCCAAGUACAUGGCCAGAGGACGAAAUCAUCCGACAGUGUCUCAGCCUCCUAGUUGUAACAAAUCUUGGUGCUUACAUUUUAUAUUUCCUAUUUGCAACUCUGAGCUACUAUUUUAUCUUUGAUCACUCAUUGAUGAAACAUCCACUUUUUUUAGAGAACCAAGUGUAUCGAGAGAUUAAGUAUACUGUCCAAGCACUGCCAUGGAUGAGUAUUCCCACAGUUUUAUUGUUUCUGGCAGAGGUCAGAGGUCACAGCAAACUGUAUGACAACAUAGAAGAUUCAACAUAUGGCUGGCCUGGAGUCAUUUUUAGCAUGCUGUCCUUCCUCUUCUUCACUGACAUGGGAAUCUACUGGAUUCAUCGGGGCCUUCAUCAUAAACUUGUAUAUAAGCGUUUACACAAGCCGCAUCACGUUUGGAAAAUUACUACACCAUUUGCAAGUCACUCUUUUCACCCAGCGGAUGGCUUCCUUCAGAGUCUACCAUAUCAUGUAUACCCCUUCAUCUUUCCAUUACACAAAAUGGUCUACUUAGGCCUGUACAUCUUCGUGAAUGUCUGGACAAUUUCCAUUCAUGAUGGUGACUUCCGAGUUCCCAAAUUCUUAGAAGCAGUUAUUAAUGGCUCGGCCCAUCACACAGAUCACCAUCUCUACUUUGACUAUAACUAUGGCCAAUAUUUCACACUGUGGGAUAGAAUUGGAGGCUCUUUCAAGCAUCCUUCUGCUUUUGAAGGCAAGGGACCACUAGAUUAUAUUAAGGCAGCAACUGAAGAAAAAUUAAAUGGCCAUGAAGGAAAUGGUUGCAAGAAUGAACAGUUUUUCAGUGGAGAGAGUUUAAAGACUAAGUAGAUUGUUGCCCAAUCACUGCUAAAUAGCAACAUCUAGUAAAGAAAAACCUAUUCAGCAGGCAGCCAAGGGGUAUCAUCAAGUUCAGCUCUGCUGGUGUCGCUUCAGAGUCAACACUCUCAGUGGAAUUAUGAUAUGAUCAUGGUGAGGGAUUGCAGCAGGAGGCUGUGAGCACCAAAAUCUGGGCCGCACAGUUCCUACGCUAGAUACUGGACUAAGGUCUGUCCUAAUUAUCUAUUAACUUCUGUGGUUCAUAAGGCCUCAAAAAAUGUACAGAAAGAAAAUGAUGAAAGAUAGCAGGGUGAUUGUAUGUAAUAUACCUUAUACUCUUGUUCAUUGAGGAAGACUUGAUUUUGUUUAAAAACAAGAUUUAGCAUCAUAACAAAGAGCUCUUAAUCUAAGGGUGAAAAGCCUUAUUGUGACAAUGUUAAUUGGUCUGUCAAAGGUGGGGUGACUACAUGCAGCACUUUAUUUAAAUGAGAAUGUUUUUGUGAAGUUACAUAUCCUGGUGUAUAAAAUUAACAGCUAAAUAAUGUAAGUUAAUUAAUAGCCAGGGUAACAAGAUUUGCCAUCCUCCUAUACCAAGGAAAUUCAUUUUGGGGGACAGUGCCAUAUGUAAAGUUAAUAAAACUCUGUUGUCUUACAGUGAAGUGAAUAAGUGGAAUUUUUUCCCCCUAAAUUGAAACUCCCCAGGUUUUAUUUAUAAUGACUCAUCCAGGUCUAAGAUUACAUAAAUAAAACUUUAAGGUGUUUUUAAAAAUUUAAAACAAUAAUAAUCACUUUGGUUUAAUGCUUAAUCUGUACUUUAAAAAGUGAAAUUUGAUAUCUGAAUAAGAAUAUAUUUGACAGUAUUAAUUUUAUAUUGAUGCACUGCACUUUUGAUAUGUGUCAAAGCGACAUACCUGCAAUUUUCUAUAAAGUGGAAAGGAUUUCUAAAUAGAUAGUAUGAAAGAUUACUUUUGCAAUUAAGUCAUUCCACCAAAAAAGUUUAGCUAAAUCCUGUGCAUGGUAAAAUAAGUAUGGUUGGCAAAAGCAUUCUAUGCAACUAUCAAUAAAAAUAAAACAUUGUCAUCAAACUGAUCCAAUUAAAUUUUCUCACAACAUAGCAAGGACUUUAGUGUUCUGUGGUUUUUGUGUACGUUUGAAGCGUAAGCAGCAUGGAAUGUUAAAGAUGUGCACAGAUGCCAAUUGUUAAAAAUGCUCUCGCAUUGAAUUUUGAUUGUAUUUGUUCAAUGUUUACUUGGAUAUUGUCUGAGUAAUAGAAUUUAGGAUGAAUCAUAAACUUUUGUGCUUGGGUGUA